AUGGGUAUCUGCAUGAGCACCAACAACGACGAUGUCGAGCAGAAGAAGCGCAGCCAGGCCAUUGACCGCAAGCUCGAGGAAGACUCGCGCCGGUUACGCAGAGAAUGCAAGAUUCUGCUGCUGGGCUCCGGAGAGAGCGGCAAGUCCACCAUUGUCAAGCAGAUGAAGAUUAUACAUCAAAACGGCUACACGCAGGAGGAGCUGGCCAUGUACCGCCUCACCAUCUACAAGAACGUCAUCGACUGCGCAAAAGCCCUCAUUGGCGCCAUGCGACAGUUUGAGGUGACGUGCGAGAACCCAGCCAACACGGAGCUGUGCGACUACCUGCUCGAAUACACCGUCGACCCUGAUCCCGAAAAGCCGCUUGAUAUGCGGAACCGAAUGAUGGAGAGCUUAGUGCUUUUCGACUCGGUCGUAAAUAGCCGGUGGUUCAUGAGAACGAGUAUUAUCCUGUUCUUAAACAAGGUCGAUCUGUUCAAGGCCAAGCUGGCGCGAUCGCCCCUCGGCAACUACUUUCCAGAUUACUCCGGUGGCAACGAUGUAAAUCGCGCUGCCAAGUACUUGUUGUGGAGAUUCAAUCAGGUCAACCGCGCCCACCUGAACUUGUAUCCUCACCUCACCCAAGCCACCGACACCUCCCACAUCCGACUCGUAUUCGCGGCCGUCAAGGAAACCAUUCUCCAGAACGCGCUCAAAGAUUCCGGCAUUCUAUGA